AGCGUACAGUAAGCUGUCAGAAGCUUGUUGCUCAAAUCUGUGCUGGACUACAAAGUAAUGAACGUAUGAGGUCGCGCGCGCAGGCGAAACGACCCGCUUUCACUGCGGGCACCGAGUCAAAAACACGCCGUCUGUUUGAAAGACGCGGUGUGACGACUUGACACCCCGUUUCCGUCGGUUCGGCGGCGCCGUCGAGUCGUCCGCGCUAGCUGCUGCGUAUCGCUGAGUCCUCUGGGAAGCGGCGGAUGAGAUCUCCAACAGAAAGUGCCUUUGAGAAGCUGUCCCUGACUUGAAGCUGGUCUGUGUACACGGCCAAUCUGUGCAUUCUCUAAAGUUCAGACAAAACUGUGAAGUACAGACAAUAAAUAUCUCAGAUGUAACUGCUAUACCACCAUUUUGUGCAAUUCCAGCAUCCAAAAUAUAAUGAAGUACAGCCAUAAUGAAAGAUCAACUACAAAAGGCUAAAGUAUUAAGAUUGUAUUAAAUUUCAGAGGCACCAUCAGUGGUGGAAUAUAUAGUUUAACUUGACUUGCAAUUACAUACAUCUUCUUACUGCUCCAGCUGAUGGAAGUAUCACCUACAUACAACCAGCCUACAGAUUUUAGUGUAUGAGGCACACAGCAAUACGAUUGGGUUUUAACAUUGAAUGUGUGACAUAAAGAGCCGGGCAUGGCGUUGAGCAUUUCUUCAGUAAGAGACACAAAAUGGCUCACUCUGGAAGUCUGUCGGCAGUUUCAGCGGGGCAACUGUUCUCGUAGUGAUGAGGAAUGCAAAUUUGCUCAUCCACCCAAGAGCUGCCAAGUGGAAAACGGGAGAGUUAUUGCCUGCUUUGACUCACUGAAGGGUAGAUGCUCAAGAGAAAACUGCAAAUACCUUCAUCCACCUUCGCACUUAAAGACUCAGCUGGAGAUAAACGGGCGCAACAAUCUCAUUCAGCAGAAGACAGCAGCCGUGCUCGCCCAACAGAUGCAGCUCAUGAUCCCUGGCCCUAGUCUGCAGCCUGUGGGACUUGGCACCAGUACUGGUCUUGGUUAUGGGUCAUACAUGGCACCUUUGAGCCACGGACUGAGCCUCCUUCCCUCAGACAUCCUCUCCAGCAACCCCGUUCUUGUUCCUGGGAGCUCUCCUGUCACAGUUCAGAGUUCCUCCUCUUCUUCUUCUCCCUCACAAAAGCCUCAGCGUACAGAUAAACUAGAGGUCUGUCGUGAGUUUCAGCGGGGGAACUGCGCACGAGGGGAGACAGAUUGCCGCUUCGCUCACCCCAGCGACAGUCCCAUGAUUGACACCACCGAUAACACCGUCACUGUUUGCAUGGACUACAUCAAGAGCCGCUGCUCCAGAGAGAAGUGCAAGUACUUUCACCCUCCGGCACACUUGCAGGCCAAAAUGAAAUCUGGUCAACAGCAAGUCGGCCAGACAGCCGUCACAGCUCAAGCCACAGCGGCUGCUGCGUCGACUGCCAAAGCAGUGAAGCGACCCCUCGAGGCAACUGUAGAUCUGGCAUUUCCUCACAGCGUCCUGCAACCUCUACCAAAGAGACCAGCCCUUGAGAAGAGCAGCUGGACCAGCUCUCUGCUCAGUCCCAGCUUUUUGCACUACCAACAGGCUCUGGCCAACACACAGCUGCAGCACCCCGCUGCUGCGUUUUAUCCCACAGGUUCUAUCUUGUGCAUGGCUCCAGCUAACAACAUUGAUUAUCCUCAAGUAGCCACCAGGAUCGGAAGUCAGUGCCCUGUUGCUGCUGCGAGAGACAUCAAUCCACUCUGUAAAUACUCUGUUGGCACCACACAAAGUACCCAACAAGCUGCAUGCUGAUAAUAUCACUGAUGGAAAGGUUGUAGACAUGACUUUGAACUGUAAGAAAACCUGCAUAACACUUAUUUGUCAACUUAUACUGGGUUAGAUACUGUAGGUGUUGCGGAAGAUUAUUGUAUAUACACGCGUUUGCACCUAAACUAACAUGUGCAGGGUGUCAUGAGAAGUAAUGUGCAUGAUAUCCUUGUUUGUUUUCCUCUCCUCACCUGGCCAGAGCUGCAUCUUCUCCGUGAGCUGAAAUCCAGCAUUUAAACUUUUCAGGUAUACAGUGCUCAUUUUCAGCAGGAAACACAUGCACAUAGUCUCAGUACUCACUGAAAGCAAACAGCAUGUAGAGAGGAAAUGUUAUUAUUCAUUGUAAAGUGAUCUGUUUGAGAUUUAUAAUAUUUUAUUAUAAUAUUUGGCAACAAAUUGCUCUUUUCUUCUUAAAUGUUUUAAAUAAACCAAUAGACAGUUUUUCACAUGAAUAAUUGUUAAUUUAGUGCCAGGUUUAAUUAUUUUAAACCAGCUAGUAAAAAGCACUUAUUUUACUUUUACACUUCACUUUUUAAACUGUAUUUUGACGGGAGGAGUGCAGUGAGAGUAGUCAUCUGUAUAGGUUAUCCUCAGAGAUCAGGACCAGUGCUCCACCUCCUGGCGUGCCUUUGCAUUGCAUGUACCAUAGAUACACAAAUGAAACCUAUAAUAUUAUACAUGCUCUUCUCAUCAAGUCACUGAAAGUCACGGUGAGUUUCACGCUGAUGUGUUUUGACUCAUUGAAUCACUGGACAAAUCCUAACUCGUGACUUGCAUGGAAACACCUGGAACAAAGAGUUAACAUCUGCUUGUUAGUUUUGUUUCAAACCAGAGAUCAGUCAGCGAUAUCUAGGUUUACACUAAUGUCACAAACCUAUGAUCCUAUGAUUAUUGUUUCAUUGCUCAUUAUUUGAUGAUUUAAGGGCUGCACUAUCUGGUCAGAUAAGUAUACUUUCUUUUAAUAUUUUGGAUUUAGACUCUGUUCGUAGGCACGGAGCCUUUUGUGUGCCUAGAACAUGAUACGAUGUCAGAGUAAAAUGUAAGGUUUAGUUUGUGAUUGGCAGAUGUAUGUCCAUCAUGCAGUAGGUUCAAGAGGGCUGGGCACUUGUCCUAUAACUACAAACCAGUUGAAGUCAUCUUUGUGACUCCACAGCCAUUGGAAGCCAAUAAAGGCUGUGGGGGGAAUACUACUGCUAAUAUUCCAACUGUUCUUGUGAUUCUGACGCAUGAGUGUGUGAACCAUUAGUCUUAAUGUUACAGUCACUUGUCAGUACUGUAAUUUCGAAUGUUAUAAGUGCCUAAAGAGUUGUGCAUGCAAUAAAAAGGCUUUAUGUGGAAAAAAUGAUUCAAUGUAAUCUAAUAACACUUAGGAAGAAAUGGAUUUGUCACUGCAUUAAGAUUUUGAAUAUGCCUGUUAAGGUUUAGUGUUAGAAACACUUUUCCCUUAUGCUCAAAUGUGUAUGUAUGUGCUAAGUGUAAUAAGUUAAUAUUCAGCUUCAUUUAAUUUUCUUUCAGUUUAGUGUUAGUGUUAAGUAAUUAGGCAAUAUUAACUCAAAUAUCUAAGCGGAUAUAAAUAUAAACAUUUCAUUUGCUUUCUAAUGUGUUUUAAAGUGAUUGAUUGUUUUUUAAAAUGUGUGUGUGUACAUGUGUGGCUAACGCUGACAAUCCACCAUGAGAUGUUGCAUUUGUUCACAUAUUUUCCUUUGUAAGCUGUUUUACAAUGAUUGGAGUGAAUAUACAUAAUAUACAAUACCUGCACAUUUUAGAGAGUAAGCGUGUAGAAUGUCUUUAUGUCUUGUCCUCUGUUUUAUGAUGAAUGUAAUUUAUGAAACAGACUUUAGCUUUGCUGCAGGUUCCUUCAAGGACCUUGAUCUAUUGAGUUUGGCUAUUAAACGUUGUCUGUGUCGAGGCAUCGAAUGUCAGAACAAAGAGAAGCUUCAAACAUUGCACCCUUGUCACUGCCUUGUCACCUCUAAGAGACAACAAACCUUUAUGUAAACAAAGGCCAUGUUAUUUAUGUGCAAAAGUGCAUUGUACAGGUUACAUUUUUUUGAAAAUGUAAUUUUGUAACAAUAGUUUGUCAUUUUUAUUGUUAUGGUUUGUUGCUGAGGCAAUCUAAAGCUGCAGUGAUAAAAACUGUAUUUUUGUAGGUGAUCGAUUUGUUGUUUUCCCUCACAAUGUUAAAUUAUGCUCUACCAGGUUUGACUUUAUAUAAUUCCAUGGUGAAAUGCCACAGGUGAUGUAGUGUAUAAUUCUGUAAACCAGCUUGUUGUGUUUCUCAUGCUAACACCUUGCAACAAAGAGUUAUCACAUUCAUCUCAGCUUUCAGAUGGGAAGCAGCAAGCAUCAAUAUCUCCUUUUCAGUUCAAUUUGCCCCAUUUUAUUAUGCCUGUUUGUAAAAUACAUUUUUUCUCACCUUUUGAUGCAAAGCUUGAAUGACACCGUAGGGAUAUUUGUCAGAACGAUAUGAGGUCACUUUGGCAGAUGGAAGCACGAGCUUUGCCUUAUUUUCCACCUAUGUACUGGAUUUCUUCAUUAGGUAUGAAUUUCAUACAUACACUAAACUUUUCAGUGAAAAUCUAGCUAUAAUAACUGUUUAGUUCAAGGUCAAAAUGACCAAUUAUGAA